AUGGCCGUCGCCUUGAGGAGAGCAGGGGAGGAGCAGAUCCGCCGCCGCCGCCGCCGACCGUUCCUCUUCGGAGACCAUCUCGCCGCCACCGCCGUUCCCCCCUUCAAUGGCGGCGGAGUCCCCUACUCAUCCGAUCCACGCCCUCCGGGCGCUCUAUGGGGACGCCCAGGGGAAGGAGGAGGAAAGGGAUCGGUCCCGCUGCGCCUCCCUGGUGGUUCUCCUCUGCCCCUGCAUCGCCAUCCUCACCAUCCUGGCGCUGGUUACCAUCGUCGUCGUCUCCGUCAAGCUCCAGCUCUACUGCCGCGGCCCCUUCCACUCCGUCUCCCAUCUCCUUUUCAAGAGCAAGUGCGAAUCCUGAGCCUCGGUGGCGUCAGAUCUUCCUCUUCCUCCACUGCGGAUGGCGAUGCUGCCGAUGAGUCUGGAUCGGUGUCCGAUGGCGAACCUCCGCGAUCGCCAUCGCACUGCGCGGAACUCGAGAGGGUGUGCAAGGUGGUGGAGGAGCUCUUCGCCGCCGAUUGCAGCAUGGAAGCCGUCCUGGAUCAGUGUGACGUCAACCUCAGCGGCCUGCUCGUCGUAGAUGUGCUCGAGAGGUUCCGUCACGCCCACAAGCCGGCGUACAGGUUCUUCAGAUGGGCGGGGAGGCGGCCGAAUUUCUCGCACGAUGCGGAAACCUUCACCAAAAUGCUGUUCGUUCUGGGAAGGACGAGGCAGUUCGAGACCAUGGUUGCUGUGAUGAAGGAGAUGGGGGAGAAGGGGUUUCUGAGCAUGGAGGCGUUCGAAGUGUCGAUCAAGGCCUUCGCCUCCGCUCGAGAGAUGAAGAAGGCCAUGGGGAUCUUCCAGCUCAUGGAGAAGCAUAAUUUCGAGGCGGGAUUGGACACCUUCAACUGCCUGUUGGGGGCCCUAGCCAAGGCGAAGCUGGGAAGAGAAGCGCAUGACCUGUUCGACAGGAUGAGAGGCCAUUAUCGUCCCGAUCUGAAGACCUACACUAUGCUCCUGGCAGGGUGGUGCAAGCUCAAGAAUCUCUCAGAGGCGGCGAGGAUCUGGAAUGAGAUGAUUGACGAAGGGUUUAAACCUGACAUUGUCGCCCACAACACCAUGUUCGAAGGGCUGAUCAGGGGGCAGAGAAGGCCGGAAGCCAUCAAGCUGUUGGAGCUCAUGAAGGCCAAGGGACCUCAGCCCAACACCUGCACCUACACAAUGCUGAUCAGGGAUCUCUGCAAGGGGGGAAAGAUGGAGCAUGCCAUGGCCUGUUUCCGGGAGAUGAUAGAUGCAGGAUGUGUUCCAGAUGUUGCGACCUACACAUGCUUGCUGAUAGGGUUUGGGAAUGCGAAGCAGAUGGACAUGGUGGGUAGAUUGUUGAAGGAGAUGCAGGAGAAGGGCUGCCCACCGGAUGGCCAGGCAUACAACGCAUUGAUCAAGCUCAUGACCAACAGGAAGAUGCCUCAUGACGCAGCCAGGAUCUACAAAAGAAUGAUCGGUCUUGGAAUCGAGCCCUCAAUUCACACAUAUAAUAUGAUGCUGAAGUCUUUUUUCCGAGCUAAUGAUUAUGAAAAUGGGUGCGCAGUUUGGGAGGAGAUGAAUCGGAAGGGUAUAUGCCCAGAUGAUAACUCGUAUACAGUUCUCAUUGGUGGGCUCAUCAGCCAUGGCAGACCAGAGGAAGCCCACAGGCAUCUGGAGGAGAUGAUCAGCAAAGGUAUGAAAGCCCCUCAGAUUGAUUACAACAAAUUUGCUGCAGAUUUUUCUAGAUCAGGGAACCCGGAUGUGCUCCAUGAUCUAGCACAGAAGAUCAGUUUCUCGGGGAAGAUUGGAGUUUCUAAUAUGUUCAUGGAUUGGGCAGAAAGGAUGAAGAAGCAGGCCAGUUGA